CUCCGCUCUAACACCAAAGAGGCAACCAUUUUUCAUCGUCACUGAAAAGAGCAUUUUUUUAACUCAAGCUGGUCGCGACGGAAGGUGCGUUAUCACUGCGUAUAUUUGUGUCCGUUCUGGGACACGGCAGAAGCAAGUAUUGGUCUUCCCGGACCGGAUCGGAACCCUGGCCGUGCUUCAGAGUCGAAGGGCAUGUUUACCACUUUUAUCGGCUUAAUUGAUAUUCAAUCAUGGUGGGAGGUGCCCUGCAUUGCGCACUUUUGUUCGCUGUUUAGUACCACCUUCCAGCUGCCUAAGUUUGACAUUGAGGAUCUUGAAGAGGCCCUUCUCACAGAUGCCGAUGCCGAGGGUGAAGUAGAUCUGAAAGUAUAUUCCGCGCGCCUGCUGCCGGAACUGAUCGUUGCACUGUUGAAGGGCUGUGACGCGCUUGCACAGAUAGGUUCACACAUCAGCUCCAGCAACUAUCAGAUGUUCCUGAGGCGUCUGUUCCGUCAAAAAUGUCAGGAAUAUAAUGUGGAUAACCCGUUCAACAGCGAUACGGACUUUGAAAAGUUACCGCUGCGCACCAAGAUCCUGAUCUUGAAGUAUCUGUGCGAUUUUCGCCUCGAUUCCGAAGACGUCUGCACCACCUUUGCCAACUACGAGGCGGACAGUCUACGGCUGGAACCGAUCGGCUACGAUCGUAACGGAUCUUCUUACUGGCAUUUUUUUGGCACACGCUUAUACCGCGAAGAUUACGUUAGUGGUGGCGGUAAAUCCAAGUCCGCCAAAUCAUCCGUCUGGCAGGUGAUUUGCUUCACCGAGGAGGAUUGGCGCAACCUAGCGAACAAGCUCGACCAGUCCGGGAACGCGAAGGAGCGCAACCUGCACGAUCUGCUGGUGGAAAACUUUCUACCGUACAUUCCGAAGCUAUUUCGCGACAAGGAGCGAGAGCGCCGCAAUAGACUUUUCGAGCGGCCCAGAUCGACACGCAUCAAACUUUUGCAGGAAGGGAAAAACCUUCGCCUGCAGGAGCAACAACAGCAGCAGCAGCAGCUACAAAAACAGGCGGAGGAGCAGAUCACCCGCGAACGGCAGAACCUUGCGGAGGUGGUGCCGGCACCCGAAAGAGCCCAACUGCUGUCAGAAGCACGUGCAAAAACGCGCCGAACGACGGUUAGAAGCGAAACAAUUCUAGCUCUCUUUAGAAACACCACGGGCUUAGAAACUACCGGGCCCAAACGAGCGCGGUGUUCGCUGUGGGAAGCAAGCCACGAGGCGCGGCACCACGCACCGUUGCUGCAGCACCGUACCGACGACCGGACGUCCUCCACACCGUCCCGAUCAAGUUCCGGCGAAUCGCCCGGUCUCGCCAGCGGCUCGGAAGAUAGCGACGGCCAGUGCGACAUUAGCCGGCGGCCGGCGAUCUACAGCGAUUCGUACUACAUUGUCCGCCACCGGGAGGACAGCGAAAGUGUCCACAGCUUCAGCGAUAUCGAGGCGGAGAACAACAUCAACAGUGGCAAUACGGACAGUACCGCGACCGGCAAGCAGCAGCAGCACGUGUUGCGUCAACAGCAGCCGGCGGUAAACAAAGCGGUACGCAAAGCACGUCAACAACGGGUGGUGAGUGGUGAGGUGGAGAAAUUGCUACGCGCCAACCACAACAUGGCACCGACCGCGACGAAGCUACCCGGGCGCCAAACGAACAACUCCCUCUCGUCCGUUACCCGGGGCCCGUCAUACUGCCGUUCAGCGAGGCACCGGCGAAGGCACGGCGGCGCGGCGGCGGCGGCGACGGCAAUGGUGGUAAGGGAGGUGAAGCUGCACCACCACCGGGCACAAACCAGGGCCGGAAAAAGAAGGGAAAAGCUACCACUGUGUGCUGCGAUCGGUAUGCACAAGGUGCUGGAAAGCAUCAAGAACCACGACGACGCAUGGCCGUUCAUGGACCCGGUCGAUGAGGACAUUGCGCCGAAGUACUACUCGAUCAUACGAAGACCGAUGGAUUUGCAAAAGAUGGAAGAAAAGCUAGGACAACGGCGAGUACAUGAUGUCGGUGACUUUCAAAACGAUUUCAAGCUGAUCGUCAACAACUGUCGGCUGUAUGGACAGGCAAACGAGUACACGGAAAUGGUGAACAACUUGCAGAUCGCGUUCGAGCGUGCGAAAAAAUAUUUCGACGAAAACUCCUCGGACGAGGAACUGAUGAUGAGCCACGAGUACCCGGACGUUAGCCGGGCGAAUGCUGCGUUUAAAGAAAAGGUUUCCUCAAAGGAGCACAGCAAACCCAUCGCUUCGUCCUCCUCUCCUCCUCGUCAUCCGACGCAGUCAAUGGUAAAAACCAUAACCAGCAGCAGCAGCAGCAGCACGGCAGAGGAGCACGGGCAAGGAGGGUGGCGCGAAAGAAAAAGUCCAAGAAAAGUGCAAACAAGUAGUUCCGCCAGUGGUGGCAACAGGAACAGUAGUUACGCCGCCACCACCACCGGGUCCGGUGGGUCGCGAAAGCAUAAAGCAAACAAACCACCACCGGAAGAAGUGGGCUCGGAGCUGGAACCCGAUCCGGAACCGCCGGAAAAGGGUAAGGGUGCGUCGCGAGUGAACAAAGCGGUUAAACGCAAACGCAAGGAAAGGGAGAAAACUGAUAAAGUGAAAAGCAAAAGGCAAAAGUCGAAGCCGGUGGUGAUUACAACAGCAACAGCAGUGAUGUGGACGUGCCGGAAGGCGAUGCGAUGGACGUUAACAGUGAGGACGAGCAAGGGUGGAGUGAACCGGAGCGGAAACGGUACAGAAAGGAUCAGCGGACCGAUUCGAACGAACCGGUGGUGGUUGGUGGGGUGGGAACGCAACAGGGAACCGCCGGUGGGGAAGAGGUGUCCAACGGUGGGCGAGGAUUCAGCAGCGCCGCUCACUAAACAUCGCUCACCUCAGCGAUCGGCAUCGUUAAGCCCAAAGAAGAAGGAUAACGCACGCGAUCUGUCCUCCGAUGGUGACGAGGGCGAUCGUCACACGACGCCUGGUAAGGCAGGGUCCAAAAAGGAGAGGGAGAAAAAUGGCACCGACGAGGACCAUCAUCAGAAACAGCACCGGAAGGGGAAUGGCGGAAAGGUUGGCGGCGGGGGCGUACUGCUGCAUUGCCGUGGCAAAGUUGGAGAAAAAGACAAAAAGUCAGGCGUCGUCCUUUCUGCCUCGGCAAAGAGCGGUGGCAAAGGGCGGCAAAAGAAGAAGGCGGCGGUGGGAAGCGGUAAACAACGAGCGGCACCAGCGCCAGUGGAGGAAGAAUCUGAGUGUGAAGCUUUGCCGGGAGAUCCGCCACCACCACCGAGUGUCCACCACACCAACGGCGAACGGAACGAUGCGUCCGACGGGAGCGAACUCGAGGAUAUCGAGGACAGUUCCGACGAGAAUCGCCAACCAAAAGCUCAUCCGAUAAAUCGAAGAGCAGGAAGAGCAAAGCGGGCAAGAAAAAUGUCAGCAAACAGAAGAAGAGUGGAGCAAAAGUGCAGCGGCAAGCGAAAGAUGCACGGCACGCCGCAGCACAGCGAUCGGUGUCACGCUCGCCAAGCCCGGCCAGAUCGUACUAUUCCGACGAUCGUUCGAUGCGCGACAGUGGGGAGGAGGAGGACCGUGAUGGAUGAUGCUGGUGCUCGAAAUGCUUCGCCAGACAAGCGAACGGACGGUUUCUUCGCGGACACCAGCCGGUCCAUCACACCCGACAUAAAGGAUAAGUUUGAUCUCAUCAAGGAACGCCGCAAUCGGGCGGCGGCAGCAGCAGCAGCCGCGGCCGCCAGUAAAGCAAUGGCUAAAAAGACCAAAGCUAAGGGGAAAGAUGGCGGGACCGCGGGAGCCGCUACUGUUGCGGGCGGGAAGAAAGGUAAAUCGUCCAAGGGUAACAGUAACCGUGGUCAAAAGCAGCGCGAUGUGGUGGACGAAAAUGCCGGUCUCGGUGCAAGUGCCUUGCCAGCCGGCAGCGGAAACAAGCAGCCGCAGCAGAAGAAAGGCGACGAUAAGCCUUCCUCCAGUGAGAGCAAACCCACCAAAGGGAAGAAAAGUCGGGACAAGACGGCGAGUAGCGGCGAGUCGGGGGGAGGAGUGUGGGCCAAACCGGCUGAUAAGAAACACGCCCGCCCGCCGGCUGCCGACAGCUCGAAAACGAUCGAUCGAAGUAACGAGUACGACUUUGUGGAUGACAGCCUUACGUCGGACGCAAAGGCGGAUAAGAACCACCACUCGUCGAAAUCAUCCGGCGCCGCUGCUGCUGGUGGAAACACAUCCGGGAAGGCGGGAAAGAAAUCGGCGAGUGCUGUAGGCCAGCAGUCGAAGUCGAACGCGAAAUCGAACGCGCCAUCUGCAUCCAGCAAGCAGCACUCGAAACCGCCGACAGCAGCAACGUCGGCCACGGCCGGUGCCAACAUGGAGGAGCUCGAGCUAGAAACCGAACAAACGUUGAAAGACAUCAACAAGUGGUUGGAAAAUACGCCCCGCUUUCCCGAGUACAGCUCGGCCAGCAAUUCCCCGUCGCGGUACAUCAUGGACGAUUUCGACACGGUGCCGGUAAAGAUCGAACCGGCCGAUUUUCGUAAACCGAUCCCGCUCUCGCAGCUGCCCGCAGCCAAUGAAACCGCUGCCACGGGGCCGGUACGUGGUGCCAGCCCAGGCCUAGCAACGAUGGCAGCUCCUCCGAAAGCAUUUUCACCCAGAGCAGCCGCAAAGGAUCCUGGCAAGCCGUCCGGUACAAAGGUGCCAUCGAAAGAUGGCACUACCGCUGCUGCUGCUAAAAGUGAGUCGGCGGGAACGUCUGAGCCAGCCACCGUUGCUGGCGCUUUGAAGGACACUACGAACAGCAGCAGCACCGUUGGAGGAUCGAGUGGGCCAGCAGCCGGUUCAUCAUCUUCUGCCGUUCCGAGCAAAGCUCACACCAUCCUAGGUCCACCGCCAAUAAUUCCGCCGCACUCCCAGAAAAAGGAACCCAAAGAACCGAAGCGAAAAUCCUUAAAAGAGAAGCUCUCCCAACUCGGCACCGGUGGACGCAAGCGUGAGCUUCAGCAUCACCACCGAACGACGAUCGAUCGAUUGCAGCCGGGCAAAACCAAAGGCAACCUCAUCGGUACGAUUCAGAAUCUCAACAAACCGGAUGAACUGUUCCCGCUCGGUGGCGGUGGCGGUGGUGGUGGUGCUGCUAGCGGUGGAGCGGGUGGCAGCGGUGGUGCCGGUGGCAACGCACUGCUCGGCAAGGUAAAGGAGGUGAAGAAUUCGUUGAUUGUGAAAACGGAUGAAUCGAAACCGAAGCUAAGCCUCGGCACGGUCCUCAACACGGAAGGGUUUGGAAUCGUGCAGCAGCACAACUUUGCCGAUGACGAGGAGGACAAUGCGGAGGGUAAGAAGGACGAUGGAGGCGAUGAGGAUGAUCCGAUGCUGGUUUCGAUCGGUAGCGGUGCUGUGAAGCCUCUCAUAAGCUCGCUGGUGAAUGUUGGGGGCAGUUCGCCAAUCGGGAGUCGGGAUGGAGCGAAAUCGGGUUCGAAGAAGGAUGAAGCUUCCGGCAGCAGCUCAACAUCGACAAGCGAGAAACCUGAGGCUAGUGGUGAUCCCGCUUCCGGCGAAACUAAGAGCUCGUCCGCUUCAACCGUCGUGGAGAAACCCCCCUCGCUUGAGGAUGGAAAAACGGGCAAGGAAGAAGCUGGCGGCAAGGAUUCGCUCAACACUACUACCACCAAGGGCAAGGAUAGCAAAUCGUCCGGGACGCCUAACCUUAACGCCUGGAUAAAAGCGUUCGGUGCGCCCAAAAAGCCGAAGAAAAACGAUGACACGGACGAACAUCCGGGCAAAGGUUCACCGGCGGCGGCAAACGAUAAGGGUAAGCUCAACGAGCACAACACCUCCACCCAAUCGUCCUCGAACGAAUCGUCGUCUGGGAUUGGUAUGCUUCCGACCAUGCCCGGAAGUCUCGAAAGUCCUAGCUUCCCAACACUGCCGACGGUUCCUCGGCAGCGAAAGGCCAGCACGGGCAGCACGGUAAGCGAACGCUCGUCCUACAGUCAGGACCCGGACAGUCCUCGCAUUGGGAUCGAUGAGCGGCUGGGCCCGUACCCUGCCCCGUACCCAAGCCCGAUCGGUGCCUCACCGAUCAUGACGUCUCCAAAGCUGGACGAAACGCAGAAGAGUCCGUACCAUCCGCUGAACGGUGCGAUCAAGGUCGGUUUCUAUCAGGAUACCACGCAGAAGAGCAGCCCGGAGAAGAGCUGUAGCCCGCGGGACCUUCCAUCGCCGUACCCGCAGUACUCGCAGCAUCUCUACACAUCGAAUGCUGCUAACGCUUCCUCGAACAAUACGACAGCCGGCGGGAACGGUUCGAGCAAUACAAACAUGGGCAGUAACUCCACCGUGUACGGUAGCUACUCAUCCUACGGGCCGUCGGCUGCUUCCGCCAUCGGGUCCACCAAUUCCAGCAACAAUCCCGCAUCCGGCAGCAUUGUAGCGGACACGUUCAAGGGCUACGGAAAGGAGCUUAAAUCACCCGUCGAUUUCUACGACCAGUACAAACAACCGGCGUCGCAGGAAUCGGACUACAACUCGUCGAUGAGUCCCAGUACAAAUCCCAACUCUCCCUACCACAACCCAGCCUCGUCGCCCUACCAACAGCAACCCAACAGCCCGUCCUGCUAUCAGCAGCAAACGCCGGCGUCUUCCUCUCCCUACGGCCACCCAUCACCGGCGUCUUCGGGCGGUCCGCUCUCGCCGUACAAUGCACCGGCUGCCAUUCCCCACAGUCCGGCGGCACCGACCGGUCAAACCGCUCCGGCGGGUGCCAAUGCCAGCGGUCACUCGCCGUACAACCCCGCCCAGGGUCAAUCGCCUUAUCACGCCAGCAGCAAUCAGACCCCGCAAUCGGCAUCCACGUCUCCGUCCGGUGGUGGUGGUACCACGAACACGGUGGCCGCUGCCGGUCAACCGAAGCUCCAGUCCAAACCAAAUACACCGCUGCACCAAAGCCCAAACUCACCGUUUUCACAAUCAAACCAAAGUUCGCCCUACUCACAGCAAGACCCGAACUCACCGUACUCCUCCCAGGGAGGCCAACUGUCACCGUUCCAACCGAUGUCGCCCAAGCCUCCGCCGAGCUCGGGUGCUUCCGCAACGGCCGGAAAUGUCAUCAGCAACAGUAACAACAGUGGUAACGCUAUUAAGCUGGCUCCUCCCAUUAUAACUCCGCAACAGGCGGCUGCUGCCGCUGGUGUGAUCCUGCCGCCCGAAUCGCCGGUUCACUCGCACACAACACAACCCCCCUCCACAGCGUCGGUUGGGCCGGUCGGCCAGGCACAGAACUUGACCGGCACCGGUGGCAGCAGUCAAACUGCAAGCACGGCACAGGGAACAGCGAUCGUACCACCGUCGUCAGCACCGAUGCAGCUGAACUCCCAUCAGUCGCCCUGGACCGCUCACCACAACCAGUACAAUCCGUACCUGAACCAUCCGGGCGAUACGGCUGGCGGUAGCAUGUCCUCGUCGUUGCCACCAGCACCGGCACAUAUGCCACCGUCCCAGCAGGGCCAUCAUCUAAGCAAUGUGCACACGCAUCCAUCGCCUGCCCACUCGCAACAACAGCAACAACACCAACAGCAGCAACAGCAGCAACAGCAGCAACAGCAGCAACAGCAGCAGCAGCACCAACAACUACAACACCAACACCAGCAACACCAACAUCAACAACAACAGCAACACCAACAAACGAAUCAUCAGCAGGCGCACGGACAUCAUUUGGCGACGGCUCAACAGCAACAGCAAAGUCACCUCGGCAACCUGUUGAUGGGGUCCAACAACAAUCCGUACACUUCCACGUACGGGCGCCCGUACGAUCUUAACUCUGCGUCAGCGUCAUCAUCCUCCGCAGCAGCCGCGGCAGGAUCGGGCACAACAACGGUGACGUCCAACAUUGAUCACCAUCACGCGCAACAGCAGCAUCAUUCGCAGCAACAUCUUCACCAUCAGCAGCAGCAGCAGCAUCCUAGUUUAAGCGGUAUCAGCAGCAGCAGCAACAAGAAUAGCCCCAGCACCACCAACACAACAACACUUCCAAAGUACCUGAAAUGA